CCCCCCCCCCAGCAACCGUUUCCUCCAGGCACGGCGGCGUGACGUCGGCAGCGCUUCCGCCCGGCUCGCGCCUCUCUCUCGCUCCUUCCUGUUCCCGCGCCUCGCCCAGCAGCAGCACCGAGUGAGGCAGCCGCUCCCCGGACUCCGAGCCCCGCCAGCCCCGCCGAGACCAUGGCAUCAGGAGUACAAGUGGCUGAUGAAGUAUGCCGUAUCUUUUAUGACAUGAAAGUUCGGAAGUGCUCCACGCCUGAGGAAAUCAAGAAAAGGAAGAAGGCAGUUAUCUUCUGUCUCAGUGAAGACAAAAAGUGCAUUGUUGUGGAAGAAGGCAAAGAGAUCCUGGUGGGAGAUAUUGGCGUAACAGUUUCUGAUCCUUUCAAGCAGUUUGUGCAGAUGCUCCCUGAAAAGGAUUGCCGUUACGCCUUGUAUGAUGCAAGCUUUGAAACAAAGGAAUCAAAAAAAGAAGAGUUGAUGUUCGUCCUGUGGGCACCAGACCAAGCGCCUCUCAAGAGUAAGAUGAUCUAUGCAAGCUCUAAGGAUGCAAUCAAAAAGAAAUUUCAAGGCAUAAAGCACGAAUGUCAAGCAAAUGGGCCAGAAGACCUUAACCGAGCUUACAUUGCCGAUAAGCUAGGAGGCUCCCUAAUCGUAGCUUUUGAAGGAUGUCCUGUGUAGAUGCCAUACAGUGCCACAACUCCACAAGCAUUCCAUGUUUUAAUAUAUCAAUUAUGUAAAGCAAACAUUCUAAACCAGGGUUUCACUAAUGGUAGGGAAGCGGUCUGUCUUGUAGAAUGAAGUAGACUUUGGAGACGUAGUUAUGUACAAAUGAUCCUAAAUAAAUCAAGUUUAAGGAUUUCUCUUGCCUGAGCAGUCUUAUCACAAACCAGUUUAAUAUUGAACUCUGGCUUCAGUACUGCAUAGUGAGGGGGGGAGAGGGAGAUGAUCUAAAUUGUAGCAAACAUCACAAUCUUAAAUUUUCUCUGUAGCCAUCAGCCAAGUCACAGCUUUUUUUCUUCCUGGCUAGUGUCUUAGAACAAGAUUAAUACAACUUUAUUAAAUGUCAUAUGCUAAAAGGAAUGCUGUCUGUCAUCUUACCCCUUCAGUGUACUGCUCAAAACUCCUCUUAUGUUUAAACACAGCACGCUCUGCUGUACCCUAGCAAAUAGCUAAAAUCAAAGUACAAAACCACACCCUUUCCUAGGGAAAUAAUCCUAAACCAUUUCUUGUAAACUCAUGGUCUUUUAUUAGUGUCUGAAAGCUCCCUUGUUGUGCAUUCUGAUAACUGAUUUAGAACAGUUCUGUGUUCAUAGUGCAAGCUCUAUAGUACUAAAUCUCUCUGCUAAAUCAAACUUGUACACCAAUACUGACAAGUCAACUUAAAUGUCAAUCAGAAGCUUAUUUCAUUUGUGCUGCUGCUGAUGAGAGGGUUUUGGAGGGGCCAUUUUAACUCACCUAAGCAAUGUUCUGAACCUCUGAUCUGAUUCAGGCCAGUGGAAUAGGGAUGUGUAAACUACUCCAUGUUUCUCAAGCUUGGAAUUAAGCCAUUUUCAUUACACUGGUUUGAGCUAAACUGCUGUAGGGACUUGUAGAGGCUUCUCAACCCUGUUUCUGUAGAAAUCUGUAGUCAGACUUCAAAGCAUAUUACUUGCAACUGCCUUUCAAUAAAUGCAGAGACCAUUCCACCCAAAUA